AAUAGCAAUGUAAAAUCUGAUAAUUUCUUAAUAGUAGUUUUUAGAAAUGAGCAUUUUUUAUGCGUCUUUGAUAUGCUUUCUAUAAUAUUUUUAUAGAGUUUAAGGUGUUUUUAAGAAAGCUAAAAAACUUUACAACGCUAUUUUUUCACAGAACCAAUUUGUUGUACUGCGUGUAUUAAAAGAUAGUCCACACUACAACUAGUCUUCAAUUAAAUCUACUCUUCAGACUUCAAAAAUUUUACUAUUUAUGACCUAACUUUAUAUAUAUGAAUAUUGUAGACAAAAGCACUUAUUUGUUUCUUAAUUUUCAUAAACAGCUGCAGUUUUUAUUUAAUUUUGCUUUUUACAAGAAAUAAUUUAUUAUUUUAAUCCAAUGACCAAUUGUUAUCUUCCUACUUAUUUCCUAUAUCAUUUAAAAUUCAAAAUGGUAAGCAUUUAUAGCCACAUUCAUAACGAAAAAGAAUAUACUAAACAAAGUUCUAUAAUACUGAAUCAACAAUAUUAUUAUGAUAAAAAUUCUAAAAUUGGCGACUGAACGUUGAUUUAUUAUGGAAAUUUACUAUCCACAUUAUUAGGUUUUUCUUUAGUUCGAAUGAUCAGAAUUUUUAAUUUGUACAAAAACAAAUCAUGUCAGUGUAUAUAAAAAUUAUGAUAAACUUCAGAAAAGAGUUUACCAUUUCCAACCAAUUUUAGCCAAAUAUGACAAGUUUUAUUCAAAAUAAAAUAAUAUUUAAAUUGCGUUAAAUAUAUCCAAAGCAACUUAAGAUAAACAAUUCAAUACAAAUUUAUUUGGAGCAGAAAGAAUAUAAGACCGAGUACUGAUUAUACUCUAUAUUUCGUUUUAAAUGCUGAAGGUAUUCGCGUCACCAUUUUUUGACCCAACCAUACGUAUCAGGUUGUAGGUUGUUGUUGUGAUUGUCAGAAAGUUCGCAUUUUCCCAACAUUAAAUCAAUUGAAUUAAUGUUUAUGAUGAUUCAUUCAAUUACAAAAAUAUUUAAUUUAUAAAAAGGCCUUUUAAUUUUUAAAUUGUUCGAACCGUACGAUACGCUUAAUCGAACGAUUAUUAAAUCAGAUGCAUACCCCUAGACUAAAGUUAGCUGUUUGUUAGUAAGCAUUUAUUAUUUCGUUAUGAAUACAGGCAUAAUAUUACAAAAUCUAUCAUAAUAAAUCCCUUUAAUACACUAUUUGUAAAAAAAUACAUAUGCAUUAAAAAAUUUGCUUUAUUGCUUUGUUUAUUUAAAAAAAUUAUUCCAAAUUUAAAAAUAUAAAAUCAUUUUGUGUACCUCCCUUUUUAUUUCCAAAACACAUUUUAGCCCGCUCAAAAAAGAAAAAGUAAAUUGGUAAAAUAGUUUUAGAUUUUUAUUUUUAUAAUUAAAAUUCAUGAAAUGCUCAUUAAAAAGGAAUAAGUUUAUUUUCCUUGCAAAAGAUUUGACCGAAAAACAGUCUAAGGAAUUUUUAGGCUUAGGAAAGAAAGUAAACCAAUCAAACUAUCAAAUCAACUAUUACAUUUCUUCUGCAAUUCAAACAUAUUGAAAUUGUUAUUAAAAAUACAAAUUUAAAAGUGAGGUGAGUUAAUAUUUCAUAUUUGAUCUUUAAAAUAUCAUGUAGAUCAAACGAAAAUAUGUACACUCUUUUACAUUUCUUAGUUCUCAUUUUUAUUUAUGAUCGACAAAUCAUUUAGUUUACUGUAAUAUUUAUUUUCUAAUUUAAAAUUGCCUCACUUGUUAUUCAUGAAACAUUUAUUUGUAAGAUAAUUUUAAAAGUCAUCGUUUUAAAAGUCUUAUAAUUUUAAUAAGAGUCCGACCGAAGAAUAUGUAUUCGGCCGAAACGAAACAACCAAUACGUUGUUAAAUUGUAAAUCAUUUGGGAUCAUAUAUACGAUUUAACAGAUAUUGAAUUUUUAAUGAAAACCUUUCAAACGCCACAAGACCCUAACAUCCAUGAAUCAUUAGAUUUAACGUGUCAUUCAUCAUUCAUAAAUCAAUAUCAAUCAGCUGUAGAAGAUGGGGAUGCUGGUAAAGAGGAAGAAGAAAAAUCAUACUUCAUUAAAUGUCAAGAAAAUAAUUUAAAAUUGCAAAAUAAUCAAAAUCUAAAACUUAAAAAUAAAUUGAAAAAUGAUUUAGUUUUUCAAGCCAAAAAAGAAAUUAUUCGCACAUAUACACCCACUUACACUAAUUUACACUCUUAUAAAAAGCAAGGUAAUGGUAAUUUAUCAAAUUUGUCUAUAUAUGACUCACCUUAUCAAUAUCUAUCAAGAGCCGCUGAUAAAUUUGAUGACACAUCGCAUUAUACUUCUUGUUGUACUGACAAUGGAAUUAGUUCGCGUAAAUCGAAUAUAGAAUAUAGUUAUGGUAAAUAUUUGGAACUUAUUGAACAUAAUUUUGAAAUAUGUUGUACUCCAGAAAUAUGUGAUAAUAUAUUUGAAUCUGUGCUUAAGUCGAAAAUCAAAUUAGGAAAUCAAUUUGUGGUAAAAAGCGAGCAAAACUUAACAUCCGAAAUAUUAAUGCAUCCGCAUAUAUCUGACAAUAAUUGUGAUAAUUCAUGUAAAGAAAGAACUGCAAACAUUUCGCAUGCUAAAUUUAAUUUUCCAUAUCGCACAGUCUCUCAUUUUGGAUUUAAUUCACCAAUGCGAGAGCCUCAACCGGACCAUAAACAUGUGGCAGUUAAUUCCGAAAAUGAACAUAAAUACGUAGCUGUAAGAAGAUCUGUAUCGUAUGAAGAGAUAUUUUCUUCCCCGCGUUAUCUUAAUCUUUGUGAAUAUUGUUUUGAACGCGUUGUUCGAUUAAAGCCAGAAUUAAUGAAGUAUAAAAUAAAAUUGCAUAAUUUGACAGAACAAAGCAACUCUGAAGAAAAUGACGUUACUGUUGAUACUGUUAGUUCCAUUAAUUAUAAUCAGUAUUCGCCUGGAAAUGACCCUAAUGAAUCCUUUUCCAUAUUUUCUUUUCAAAUGGAUCCUGUUGUAGAAGUUGAAGAAAAAAGAAGUUCAAACGAUAACUUUCUUGCCUCAGAUAAAACAAAUUCUACAUUCAAUGAAAAAAUAACACGUAUGAACUACUCAGGAUUAAAUUCAAAUUCUGAUUACAUUAAUACUCCCCACACAGUUAGUUCUGAAUAUAGUAUACCAGAAUUAGAAGAUGUCGGCUUCAAAUCAUCUACUGACUUGAAAAAAAUUACUUCUACUGAUAAGGUUGCAGAUUAUGCUAAUAAUAAUUAUAAUAACAGUAAUUCGCAUCAUUCUUUAACUGAAAUUUAUGAUUGCAAUAAUUAUAUUGGUGCCGGUACUGCAACGAACAAAUUGUUUAUAACUACAGAACUAAACAGUGAAUCUUUCGAAAAUACUGUGAAAAUUCAAAAUUUUAAAGAAAACUCACAUAAAUUGAUGAAUCGGGAGGACCGUUCGCGUCGUAAAUUGGAAUUUCAAGAAUUAUGGGAAGAUCAUGUAAACUUUGCCGAAAACCGUGAAAAUGUUGAAGACUUAUCUCUAUAUAGUGAUACUAAAUCAGUAGUAAAUAAAUCCCCAAACAAUGUAUCGAAAAUGAAACCAGCAAGACACUUGUUUAAUUUACAUCAACAAGGAUAUAACGAAGUCGUUGAAGAAUACAAAUCAACUUUAUCACGCCUAAAAUUUAAUUCAACUGAAAGAAGAAAAACUGAAAAUAUUUUAUCUUUUCCUACGAAGGGUUCUAUGAAUAUUCGCAACAAUGGUGUUGUAGCUCGCAAAACCAAUAAACCAGAAUGUUACCAAAAGUCGGAAAAUGAUUACAAAUUAGACGAUUUAAACAAAGUAUCACAAGUUUCUAAAUUAAAUAAAAGUUCAGAUACAGCCUUAGCAGAUUCUAAAAGUGCUGUUGCUUUUACCUAUAAUAUAUGCAGUGAAAAUACAGACAAGUUUUCUCCAUUGGAACGUAGAAUUUUAGAAAAAAUUCAUGUCAAUGAAUUAAGCAAAAGUGAAGAAAUUUUUGGAAAGAUAGAAAACACGAUUCGCAAUAAAAUAACACCAUCAAUGCUUGAACUGAUAAUUAAAGAACAAUCUUUACCUUUGCUACAUAAAAAUAAAGACAAUGGAAAUAAAGUUAUAUUGAUGAAACCAAAAAGUGACAAAUCAUGUUUAUUAACUCCACUCAGGUUUAAUACAUCGACACCAAAGUAUAAACUAAACAAAACAUUAUCAUUCCCAAAAGAUUUCCACAAAAACACGAUAGAAGAUCCUAGAGUUAACAAAAAAUCAGCAACUGAAAGUCAUUAUGUUAGAAAAUCAAAUAUAAAUAAGAAUACGAAGUGUCGCAACUUUAUUUUGGAAAAUAUUCGCAAUGUAUCUAUUCCACGACAAAAGCCACAGAUCAAACGCUUACAAAGCAAUAUCGAUCCUAAAAAUGGAAAAUUCUACUCUUUUACAUGUGAAAAAAACUUGGUAUGCAGUCCUAAAAGACGACAACAAUUAAUUUCCUCCCGCAAUAGUGGAUCAUCUGCAGUAUAUUCAUUUCAGUCAAAAUUAGUAAAAGGCUCUCCAAGAUUCUGGAUAAGCAUGUCGCAAAUAUCGACAAACAAAUCGCAAUUACAUUCAUCACCAAGUACUAAAACGGCCCCUACCCCGACUAAGAAACACUCAAAAUCAAUAAACAGCACAUUAUCAUUGGCCGCAAUAGACAAUGAAGUUGUGAAUAAUGUCGAUGCUGAAAUCAAUGCUUUGGGAGACGAAAUACAACAAAUACAGCCCCGUUUAGAAAACUAUAAACGCAAAUUAGAUGAUUUUGGCAAUCGCGUUACCGAAUGUGUCAAUAACAUUAACGAGUGUGUAACCACACAAGAGGACAUUACCAGUGUACAACAAAAACUGAAAGAUUGCAUAGAGUUGCAUCAAUAUACCGAGGAAAUUAUGUGUCGUGUGGAAACAUUCUCCUUGUCUGAAACAGAAGAUUAAGCAUUUAAACUGAUUUCACUUUUCUCUUCCUCAUUUACUUCUUACGACACCAUUUGGAACCUAUACAAAUUUUAAUUACUGCCCUACAUGAUUUUAGUUUUAUUCAGUAAAAUAUUUGUUAACAAACUCAACAAUGCGUAUUGAAAAUUUUAAAGUUAUCAGAGGUUUAUACUCUGAUUUAUUAAAUUUUUUACAUACAUACCAAUUGGUCACAUAUUGAUAGCUCAUAACUAACAAUUAAACUUCAAGUUGGUGUAGUUGUAUUUAAGUCGUAUGAAAUGAGAUGUGUCAACGUAUGAUCGUGUUGUUUUUUACAAAGUGUAUAUUAUACAUGUUAAUUAAAAAUUAAUUUGCAAUGGAUGGGUCUAAUAACAUUUCUUCAAACGUAUGAAAAUUAUUAUUUAAAUAUAGUUUGUUUAUACGAUGCCUCGAUCCUUAGAUACUAGGGAUCCAUCCAUCCACGACAAAUUUAUGUUUAAGGUCAUGUCUAAUGUACACACAUUCUUAAAUGUGGACAUACAAUAACAUAUAUUUUACCAUUACCUUACACAAACAUCUACACUAAACACAUGUAUUUUAAAUGUUGAAAUGUUAAAUCCCAACUAAGUUGAUAAUUCACAUGCGUAUGUGAGUAAAAAACAUUUAAUAUGUAUCCUUAAAUCAAAAUCUUGUUUAUUAUUAUUAUAAAUUCGUUUGGAUUUUCUAUUAUUUAUGUAAAUUUGUAUAACAUAUUUAACUCUUU